CAUAUGCUUAUGUUUAUGACGACUGAUGAAAAUUUGCAGCUUUGUCAAUAAGACCUAAUGUUCUUUGGGCAAUAAAGCAUAUUAUUAUUAUUAUGUAUGUGUGCACACAUAUAAAUAAAUACAUUAUUUUUCAGGAGAUCAAAAGCUAUCAAGAGAAUUUCACAAUGCGUGUUUCUGGAUGGUCUCUGUUUUGUGGUAAUCAUUAUCACCCACGAGUAUAUGUUUUCACCGGUUUGGCAAAUGAUCCUUACAUUUUUGAAAUCUUAUGAUCAUUGCAUUUAUCUUCGGCCAUGUUAUUUUAUAUGCUGGCUUCUGGGUGAAAUAUUCAGCAUUUUGUGGAUCAUACCUUUUUUCCUGUUGAGCAAACUGAUCAACGUGUUUUUAUUUCAGGAUAUUGCCGAUUGUGUUUAUACACCUACUAGAGGACUGAGUAGAUCCAAGAGCAAGCAGAUAUCGAUCCCAGAUUUAAUAUGUUCUUUGGGUGUCCAAAUUUUAUUUCUGUUGCAAAUUACUUUAUUGAAUUACAACCCUUUUCCUGCUUUGACGUACCCUUGUUACGCUUUGAGGAUGUUUCUGACUUGCUUGCUGUAUUCUCAGUACGCUUUUGAAUAUAAGUGGAUCAACAUGGGAUUGAAUCUAUCAGCAAGACUGAACUUCAUAGAAAAUGAAUGGCCUUAUUUUUUUGGUUUUGGCCUACCAAUGUUUUUGUGUUCGGAAUAUCCUGAAUCUUUUUUUGCAAGCUCGUUUGUAUUCUCAGUAGUGUUCCCAUUCUUCAUAAUAACUGGAAGUGCAGGAAGUCCUCCGUAUGAUACAGGGUACAUAACGUUACCAGUUUUCUUUCCUACUAUGUACAUGAUAAAUAGGAUAAUAUCACUAUUUAGCAAAUCUGAUACUAAUACACAUCACACUCAACAGAAUAGAUGAGGUAUAUUAUUUAUUUUGUAUAGUUGAUAAUUUUUGAAUGACAUUUUUAUAAAUAUUGACUGAUUUGUA